AUGGCAGGAGAGACACAAAGUGCUCUGGGCAUGCUCAGUGAGACCCCCGGGCUCCUGCUAAGAGGAGGACAGUUCGAUGAAACAGGACUGUCCCCGCCCAGCCUCACCUACUUCCCCACUCCCCGCCUCUCCAGACCAACAAGGCCCUCACCACUCCCUCCAUCACACCCCCCCCCACUCCAGACUGCCCGUGACCAGGCGGCGUGCAGGGGCUUGCUGUCUGAGAUUCUACGCAAAGAGGAAGAUCCUAAAACAGCGUCCCAGUCCCUGCUGGUCAACCUGCGCGCCAUGCAGAACUUCCUGCAGCUGCCUGAGGUGGAGCGAGAUCGCAUCUAUCAGGAUGAGAGGGAGCGCAGCCUCACCGCCGCCUCAGCGAUGGGCGCCCCCCCACUCAUCAGCACCCCACCCAUCAGACCUUUACAGCCCCGGAGGGAAGACUGUAACAGCGUGAGGCCCGAGGACUGGAAUCCCCGUAUCCCCGUGGGCCUUUCCCCUGUCAAACUGUCGCCUAUGCCCAGUGAGUGGAACGGGAAAACAGAAAGCUGCAUCCUCAACAUCAACUCCACCAUCUACGACGAGAUCCAGCAGGAGAUGAAGAGGGCCAAAGUUUCCCAGGCCCUGUUCGCUAAGGUGGCCGCGUCCAAGAGCCAGAUCUUGGACAUAUUCUUAGAGCAGUAUGUUUCUCUAGAUAAGAGACGCAGCGACUCGCCUGAAAUGUGA